GCCUGGAAACGUGAACAGGCUUAAAGUAUGGCAUGUUGCGAAGAUGGUUUCUGUCCAGAAGGUACCCGCGAUCGCGCUGUGCUCCGGGGUCAGCCUUGCCCUUCUGCACUUCCUGUGCCUGGCGGCUUGUUUAAACGAAUCCCCAGGACAGAACUCAAAGGACGAGAAAUUGUGCCCGGAAAAUUUUACCCGUAUCCUGGACAGUUUGCUGGAUGGUUAUGACAACAGGCUGCGUCCUGGAUUUGGGGGUACGGAUUGUUUCAAAACACGCAAGUGUGCUCUGUGUGUCCGUCUCUGGUCUGCUUGUCUAUUUGUGGAAAUAUCAUUAGGUCCUGUUACAGAAGUGAAAACUGACAUAUAUGUCACCAGCUUUGGACCCGUUUCUGAUGUUGAAAUGGAAUAUACAAUGGAUGUGUUCUUCAGGCAGACGUGGAUGGACAAGAGACUAAAAUAUGAUGGUCCUAUGGAAAUUCUGAGGCUGAACAACAUGAUGGUCACCAAAGUGUGGACCCCUGAUACUUUCUUCAGGAAUGGGAAAAAAUCUGUCUCGCACAACAUGACAGCUCCAAAUAAACUGUUUAGAAUUAUGAGAAAUGGCACUAUUUUAUACACAAUGAGACUCACCAUAAGUGCGGAGUGUCCCAUGAGACUGGUGGAUUUCCCUAUGGAUGGUCAUGCCUGCCCUUUGAAAUUCGGGAGUUAUGCGUAUCCCAAGAGUGAGAUGAUCUAUACCUGGACCAAAGGUCCUGAGAAAUCAGUGGAGGUGCCAAAGGAGUCUUCCAGCUUAGUUCAAUAUGACCUAAUUGGGCAGACUGUAUCAAGUGAAACUAUCAAAUCUAUUACAGGUGAAUACAUUGUUAUGACAGUUUACUUCCACCUCAGACGGAAGAUGGGCUACUUUAUGAUUCAGACGUAUAUCCCAUGUAUUAUGACAGUGAUCCUUUCUCAAGUUUCUUUCUGGAUAAAUAAGGAGUCUGUUCCAGCUAGAACUGUGUUUGGGAUAACCACAGUCCUCACGAUGACCACACUAAGCAUCAGUGCCCGACAUUCGUUGCCCAAAGUAUCCUAUGCGACUGCCAUGGAUUGGUUCAUAGCUGUCUGCUUUGCUUUUGUGUUUUCGGCUCUUAUUGAGUUUGCUGCUGUCAACUAUUUCACCAACAUUCAAAUGCAGAAAGCCAAAAAGAAAACAUCGAAGCCUCCUCCAGAAAUUCCACCUGCCCCAGUGUUGAGAGAAAAUCACCCAGAAACGUCUCUCCAGAAUAUACAUGGCAAUUUGAACAUGAGGAAAAGAACAAAUGCCUUGGUCCACUCAGAAACUGAUAGCAACAGCAGAACUGAGGUGGGAAACCAUUCCAGCAAGACCACCACAGUCCACGAGUCUUCUGAAGCCACCCCUAAGGAAUACUUAGCUUCCAGUCCAAACCCAUUCAGCAGGGCAAAUGCGGCUGAGACGAUUUCUGCAGCCAAAGGUCUUUCCUCUGCGCCCUCUCCCAGCCCUUGUGGCACAUCAAGGCCAGCUUCCUUGGGGUCAACUUCCACUCGCCCUGCGUUUGGGUCCAGACUUGGGCGAAUUAAGACCACAAUUAACACAACAGGGGCCGCAGGGACUGGGUCGGCCACACCUCCUCCCCCUGCUCCACCACCUUCCGGAUCUGGCACAAGUAAAAUAGACAAAUACGCUCGUAUUCUCUUCCCAGUGACAUUUGGGGCAUUUAACAUGGUCUACUGGGUUGUUUAUUUAUCUAAGGACACCAUGGAGAAAUCAGAAAGUCUAAUGUAA